GAAACCCCUUAACAAAUUCCCAAAUUCCCAAACCCUAAAAAGAACAUUUUUAUUGUUUUAAUUAAACUAAACACAGUGAAGAAGCCGAUUCCAAAGAGAGAGAAAUCUACAGAAUCUCUCAGUAGAGGACCCCUGAAAUGGCGUCCUCUAAAGUCAUGAAAUCUACUAAUUCGCAAAAUUCGGAUCUCUCCAAACGUCCCUCUUCUUCUUCCAUUAAACCACCGGCUCAGCAACAACAACUACAACUACCGCAACAGCAGACGCUCCCUUCAGCCAUGACGGUGGACGGAAUUCUCCGCGACGUGUACAACUCGACGGCGGUGUCGACGACGACGGACGCCACUCUGCUCGACGCGCAGAUCACGUUGAUCGAGACGAACGAUCAUAAUAUUGGUAAUAAUAAUGGUAAUCAUAAUCAGAGUGAGGAGCAGAACGGCGUCGUUUCUAUGAGUUUGGGGAAGAGUGUGGAUGAUGUGUGGAGAGAGAUCGUGUCGGGGGAGAAGAAGGAGAUGAAGGAGGAGGCAGCGGACGAGAUGAUGACGUUGGAGGAUUUUUUGGUGAAGGCCGGAGCUGUCGAUGACGUGGAUGAGGAAGGUGGAUCUGAGGUCGACGUGAAGUUACCGAUUACCGAGCGGUUGAGUGGUGGGGUCUAUGCGUUUGAUUCGGCCCUACCACCGAGUCCCUUUCAAGUGGAAGGUGCGAUUGUGGGGUUCGGAAAUGGAGUGGAAGUGAUUGGUAGUGGUGGUGGAAUGAGUGGAGGGAGAGCGAAGAGAGGGAGAGUGAUGUUGGAGCCAUUGGAUAAGGCAGCGCAGCAGCGUCAGAGGAGGAUGAUCAAGAAUCGUGAGUCCGCUGCAAGGUCUAGGGAAAGGAAGCAGGUUGAAGAAGGCCUAUCAAGUGGAAUUGGAAUCCUUGGCAGUGAGGCUGGAGGAGGAGAAUGAACGGCUGUUGAAAGAGAAGG